AUGGGGAAUUUUCUCGCAGGUUUUCUGCUACCUCUACUGCUUCUCACCUCUGCAUUUAUCAAUUGGAGUUUGCUAUCUCUCAUUGAUUUGAUAGCUUUCCUUCUCAUUCAGUUUACUGCAUCACAAAUAGGUUUUCGCUUUUGGAGGAGAUACUUCUUACUGUGGCCUGUUAUAAUCUUCUCCCUACUGGUUUUUCUUUUACAAGCAAUAUAUCUUACCAUAUGGGUUGUUGAGGGUUAUAAAUGGAGUGUAACAGAUGCUUGGUGGGCGAAGCUAAUUGGUUUUAUGAUGUAAGACUCCAAUCUUGGAAAUUUCCCUAUGUAAUAUAUUUAUUGGUUUUACAACUGCUAGUAGUUUUGGUGGCUCUGCUUGAUAUAUAUGGGAACAGAUUAGGUCUUGCUCCAUGGAGGGAUUCUUGUUGGGGUCAUUUCCUAACAGCCAUUGAACAUUUAGGUUCACAUCUCAGAGUUGCCUCCUGUUUGCUGCUACCUGUUGUUCAGUUGGUCGUGGGAAUUAGCCAUCCCUCAUGGAUUUCUUUGCCAUUUUUCAUUGGCAGUUGUGUUGGUCUUGUUGAUUGGUCUUUGACAAGCAAUUUUCUAGGACUGUUCAGAUGGUGGAAGCCUCUCCAGCUGUAUGCAGGCUUCAAUAUUUUCAUGCUCUAUGUGUUUCAGCUUCCAAUAGAGUUCUCAAGUAUGUUUCAGUGGAUAGCUGAUUUUGUUGGUCUCUUCAAAAUAUGUGCAACAUCUGAGUGGCCUGAAAUUUGCUCUGGUGUUUCUCUUGUAAUUUUCUAUAUAAUGCUAUCUUAUGUUAAAUGCGAUUUGGAGGAAAUGGAUUUUAUUAUGUCCAUGGGAGAAAGUAACUUGACAGAGCAACUGCUUCCCUCAAAGCAUUCAUUUUUCAUUCGUGAAUCAAGAUCUGGUGUAAGGAAUACCAAUGUUUUAUUAAGGCGUGCAGUUUUCCGCACUUUCAGCAUCAACUUUUUCACAUAUGGUUUCCCAGUCUCCUUGUUUGCUCUAUCCUUUUGGAGUUUCCAUUUUGCAAGUAUCUGCGCAUUUGGGUUGCUUGUAUAUGUUGGCUAUGUUGUAUAUGCCUUUCCUUCCCUGUUUCGGUUGCACCGGUUAAAUGGGCUCCUUCUCGUCUUCAUUCUUUUUUGGGCUGUUAGCACCUACAUUUUCAAUGUUGCUUUUGCAUUCUUGAAUAAGAAACUUGGGAAGGAUAUGGAGAUUUGGGAGAUGGUUGGGUUAUGGCAUUAUCCUAUACCUGGGUUCUUUUUGCUUGCACAAUUUUGUCUUGGAAUUCUGGUUGCUUUGGUCAAUCUUGUUAAUAACUCUGUUUUCCUCUACCUAACUGAUGAAGAUGGGCCAUCACCUAAUAACAGCUGCACUGUGGAAGUGGAAGGGGAGACCAAGGUAUUCAUUAUGGCCACAAUUGCAUGGGGACUGCGCAAAUGCUCUCGAGCUAUCGUGCUGGCAAUGAUAUUCAUCAUUGCCAUGAAACCAGGAUUUAUCCAUGCUGUAUAUAUGAUAUUCUUUUUGAUAUAUCUUUUGAGCCACAACAUCAGCAGAAAGAUACGGCAGUGCCUGAUUCUUCUAUGCGAAGCUCACUUUGCACUAUUGUACAUUCUUCAGAUUGAUUUGAUCUCUAGUGAGUUGGAGCAAAAAGGCUCAUUAAGCUUGGAGAUCUUAUCACAGUUAGGUCUCCUUAAACAUUACAGUUCCUGGGACUUCUUGGAAAUAGCUUUGCUUGCUUGCUUCUGUGCAAUUCAUAACCAUGGUCUUGAGAUGAUGGUUUCAUUCUCAGUAAUAGUGGAGCACACCCCCAGGCCUCCUGUUGGAUUUAGUGUCUUGAAAGCUGCUCUGAACAAAUCGGUUCUCUUGUCAGUAUUUGCUACCACAACUGCAUCACGUAGCCAUGAUAAUCUUUCGCAUGAGAAAAGGAUAGCGUCUUUCCUCAGUGAAAUUGGGCAGAAGUUUCUUUCAAUAUAUCGAUCAUGUGGAACCUACAUUGCUUUUUUGACAAUUCUCCUGACAGUGUACCUGGUGACACCCAACUACAUUUCAUUUGGAUACAUGUUCCUUCUCUUAUUUUGGAUCAUUGGGAGACAACUUGUUGAAAAAACCAAAAGGCGCCUAUGGUUUCCGUUAAAAGCAUAUGCAAUCACAGUGUUUAUUUUCAUCUAUAGCUUGAGCACUUUUGCCACCUUCAAGAUUUGGUUUUCUGGGUUCAUAGAUCUCCAUUUUUAUUUGGGUUACGACUCUGAAGCUUCAUUGUUGAAUAACAUUUGGGAAUCUCUAGCAGUUCUUAUUGUGAUGCAACUUUAUAGCUAUGAAAGGAGACAGAGCAAGCAUUAUAAGACUGAUGAUCCUAAUCCAUUAGAAAAUGGAGUACUUGGGUUUACCAAGCGCUUUCUGAUUUGGCAUAGUCAGAAGAUCUUGUUUAUUGCAUUAUUCUAUGCAUCUUUAUCACCAAUUAGUGCAUUAGGAUUCUUGUAUCUACUUGGCUUUGUCAUCUGUUCAGCCUUACCUAAAGCUUCUCGGAUCCCAUCCAAAUUGUUUCUAGUUUAUACUGGAUUAUCAGUGACAAUAGACUAUCUUUUUCAAAUGUGGGGUAAACAAGCCAAGAUGUUUCCUGGGCAAAAGCAUUCUGAUGUAUCCCUUUUUUUAGGUUUACAUGUGUAUGAGCCUGGCUUUUGGGGUAUAGAAUCAGGCUUGAGAGCAAAAGUUCUGGUAAUUGCUGCAUGCAUCCUUCAGUACAAUAUCUUCAGAUGGUUGGAGAGGAUGCCAAGUGCCUUUUCAAACAAAGGCAAGUGGGGAGAGCUUUGUCCUUUGUUUGUGUCAGCUGAAGAUGCCUUCAUCAAUGGUCCUGAGUUCAGUGAGGAAAAUAAGCCAUCAAGUUCUGAAGCUAUAUCUAUAAGACAAGAGGGGUCAAACAAUUCAUGGACAUCUUUUGCCCCCGUUUUAUCUCAAGCACCUCAUAUUGGGUCCUCGAGAGCAGAAGGCUCUGAGAGUAGCAGCAGUAAAAAAUCUUCAUUUGGAUAUUUCUGGGGAAGCACCAAAGAGAGUCAAAAGUGGAACAAGAAGCAGAUAGUUGCUUUGAGAAAAGAGAGAUUUGAAACACAAAAGAGUCUCUUAAAAAUAUAUUUGAAAUUUUUGUUUGAAAAUAUGUUUAACCUCUAUGGUCUCGAGAUAAACAUGGUUGCGCUGCUUCUUGCAAGUUUUGCUCUGUUGAAUGUCAUUUCUCUGCUGUAUAUUGCAUUGCUUGCUGCUUGUGUUCUUCUGCAUCGCCGCCUCAUAUGUAAAUUAUGGCCGGUACUUGUCUUCUUAUUUGCUUCCAUUCUCAUCCUUGAGUAUUUUGCCAUCUGGAAUUACAUGUUUCCUUUGAGUCAGCAUUUUCCGAGUGAGACUGAUAUACAUUGCCAUGAUUGCUGGAGGAUAUCAACUCUGUAUUUCAAAUAUUGCAGGAGCUGUUGGCUGGGAUUGAUUGUUGAUGAUCCCAGAGUGCUUAUCAGCUAUUCUGUGGUGUUUCUGCUAUCUACUUUCAAGCUUCGAGCUGAUCAUUCAUCCAGUUUCUCAGGGUCAUCAACAUAUCGCCAAAUGAUGUCUCAACGUAAAAACUUAUUUGUUUGGCGAGAUCUUUCUUUUGAAACAAAAAGCAUGUGGACAAUUCUUGACUACUUGAGGCUUUAUUGUUACUGCCAUCUGUUGGAUCUAGUCCUUGCGCUGAUUUUGAUUACUGGAACUCUUGAAUAUGACAUUUUACAUCUUGGUUAUCUUGCCUUUGCUCUUGUUUUCUUCCGAAUGAGAAUAAAGAUACUCAAGAAGAAGAACAAAAUAUUCAAGUUCUUGCGAAUGUACAAUUUUGCUCUAAUUGUUCUUUCUCUUGCCUAUCAGUCUCCAUUUGUGGGUGAAUUUAGCGAUGGGAAGUGUGAAACUAUUGAUUACAUAUAUGAAGUUAUUGGAUUUUACAAGUAUGACUAUGGGUUCCGGAUUACUUCAAGAUCUGCACUUGUCGAGAUCAUCAUAUUUAUGUUGGUAUCACUUCAGUCAUAUAUGUUCUCAUCUCCAGAGUUUGAUUAUGUGUCACGUUAUCUAGAAGCGGAGCAAAUUGGUGCUAUUGUCUGUGAGCAAGAGAAAAGAGCUGCUUGGAAAACUGCACAGCUACAUCAUAUACGUGAAUCUGAGGAGAAGAAACGCCAGCGAAACUUGCAGGUAGAGAAAAUGAAGUCUGAGAUGCUCAACUUGCAAACACAGCUUCACAGCAUGAAUUCAACUGCAAAUCUUGAUGAUUCUUCUCCUGGUGUUGAAGGCCUAAGAAGGAGGAGUACUUCAUGUGCCUCAAAUAGGGAUGUUGGGACCCCUGAUAAAGAGGAUGGCGUUCUUAGAAAAAAUGAGCAAUUUACUAGGAGAGAUUCAGUUUUACCUCCUGAAGUUCAAGAAUUUGUUGCGAAUAAGCAAAGAGAAAGUCCUGCAACUAUGGAGUCUUCAAAGCAUUCCAUGGAAUCUCUGCCUUGCGAGAUCACUGAAAUUGAACAGGAUUUCCAUAGUGAAUUUUUUGAUUCAGAAAAAAGGGAGCAAGCAAAGGAAAACCCUUUAAUUUCUGCAGUAAACCUCAUAGGUGAUGGUGUUUCCCAGGUGCAGUCCAUCGGCAAUCAGGCAGUUAACAACCUUGUGAAUUUCUUGAACAUAACAAAAGAAGACACGGAUGUGAGUGAGCAUGAUUCUCUGGGGGAUGAGGUAUUUGAUGAGAUGGAAAGCCAGAAAACAAAGGACAUGAAUUUUGACCGGUCAUCUUCUUUGCAGUCUGACAUGGGUUCCGACGCUACCAGUUUGCAGAUAGGGAGGAUUUUCUGUCACAUAUGGUCUCAAAUGCGAUCUAAUAAUGAUAUUGUCUGUUACUGUUGCUUUGUUCUUGUCUUUCUAUGGAACUUCAGUUUGCUUUCUAUGGGGUAUCUUGCAGCUCUCUUCUUGUAUGCUCUAUGCGUGAGUACUGGGCCAAGUUAUAUCUUCUGGGUUAUUAUGCUGAUUUACACAGAAGUUUAUAUAUUGCUUCAGUAUCUGUACCAAAUUUUGAUCCAGCACUGUGGGUUCACCAUCAGUUCAGACCUGCUCCAUGAAUUAGGAUUUCCUGCACAUAAGAUUAAGUCAUCCUUUGUUGUGAGUUCAUUGCCUCUUUUCCUUGUCUACUUGUUUACCCUAUUACAGAGCUCUAUAAGUGCAAAAGAUGGUGAAUGGAUGCCUUGCACAGAAUUCAGUUUCCGAAAGAAGAAUGUUCUCUAUAGAAACAAGGCUCAUAUGAACUAUAGUUGGACUGAAAAGGUGCAGGAGCUGCUUCACUGGAUGAUGACCAUGGUGACAAUGAUAAUUAGAAGCUUCUAUAGGUACUGGAAAUCACUGAUCCAAGGUGCUGAAUCUCCUCCAUAUUUUGUGCAAGUGUCUAUGGAUGUCCACUCAUGGCCAGAGGAUGGUAUACAACCAGAAAGGAUUGAAUCUGGAGUAAAUGAACUGCUUAGAAUUGUUCAUGAUGAGAGAUGUGAGGGAAAAAACCCUAAUCAUUGCCCUUUUGCGAGCAGGGUUCAGGUUCAAAGUAUUGAAAGAAGUAAAGAGAACCCAGACAUGGCCUUGGUUGUUCUCGAGGUGGUGUAUGCCUCCCCUUUGGCAGGGUGUAGCUCAGCAGAUUGGUAUAAAUCACUAACUCCUGCAGCAGAUGUAGCAAGGGAAAUCCUUAAAGCACAAGAUACUGGGUUUGUUGAAGAAGUUGGAUUCCAAUACCCAAUCCUCUCCGUAAUUGGAGGUGGAAAAAGAGAACUUGAUCUCUAUGCUUACGUAUUUGGUGCAGAUUUGACUGUGUUCUUUUUAGUUGCAAUUUUCUACCAGUCUGUUAUUAAAAAUAACAGCGAAUUUCUUGACGUUUAUCAGCUUGAGGAUCAGUUUCCUAAAGAGUUUGUAUUUAUCCUAAUAAUAAUCUUUUUCUUGAUUGUUCUAGAUCGCAUACUUUAUCUUUGUUCAUUCGCCACAGGAAAAGUGAUUUUCUACCUUUUCAACCUCAUUCUCUUCACAUAUUCAGUUACGAAAUAUGCAUGGGAGAUGGAACCCUCGCACCAAAAUGCUGGAGUGCUAGCACUUUGUGCUGUAUUUCUUGCUAAAGCAGUCUCUCUAGCACUUCAGGCUAUACAAAUUCGACAUGGAAUCCCUCAAAAGAGUACCUUGUAUAGGCAGUUUUUGACCAGUGAGGUUUCACGAAUAAAUUACUUGUGCUAUAGACUUUACCGGGCUCUUCCAUUCCUGUAUGAACUACGAUGUGUGCUUGACUGGUCAUGCACAACCACGUCUUUGACCAUGUAUGACUGGCUAAAACUGGAGGAUAUAUAUGCAAGUUUAUACCUUGUCAAAUGUGAUGCCGUGUUGAAUAGAGCUACACAUAAACCAGGAGAGAAGCAAACAAAGAUGACCAAAUGCUGCAACGGAAUAUGCCUGUUCUUCAUACUACUCUGUGUUAUCUGGGCUCCAAUGCUGAUGUACAGCAGUGGUAACCCAACAAAUAUUGCAAAUCCCAUCAAAGAUGCAAAUGUUCAGAUUGACAUUAGAACUGCGAGUGGAAGGUUGCCCUUGUAUCAGACAACACUCUGUGAAAAGCUCCCAUGGGAUAAGCUCAACUCUGAUGCAAAUCUUGAUCCCCAACAUUAUUUGGACGCAUAUAAUAAAAAUGAUAUACAGUUAAUCUGCUGUCAGGCUGAUUCAAGUAUUUUGUGGCUUGUUCCUGAAGUGGUUCAGGCCAGAUUUAUUCAGUCCCUUGACUGGGACAUGGACAUGGAUAUCACUUUUACUUGGGUACUUACAAGGGACCGACCUAAGGGUAAGGAAGUUGUAAAAUAUGAAAGAUCAGCUGAUCCUAUGGAUCUUCAAGAACGAUCUGAUGUCCAAAAGGUUCUCAAUGGUUCUACAAACAGCUUUAGGAUAUAUAAUCUUUACCCAAGAUACUUCCGUGUCACUGGUUCUGGUGAGGUCAGAUACUUUGAUCAAGAGGUGAACAGAGUAAGUGCAGAUCUUAUUAUCAAUCGUGAAACUUUUAAGUGGUGGUCCUUCCAUGACAUCAAUUCAUCUGAUGUAAGAGGCUGUGGAGGUUUGGCAGGACCCAUGGCCAUUGUAGUAUCUGAGGAAACACCACCACAGGGUAUUCUUGGAGACACUCUCAGCAAGUUCAGCAUUUGGGGUCUGUACAUAACGUUUGUGCUUGCGGUUGGAAGGUUUAUCAGACUUCAAUGCUCUGACUUAAGAAUGAGAAUACCUUAUGAAAACCUGCCUUCCUGCGACAGGUUGAUAGCUAUAUGUGAAGAUAUAUAUGCUGCAAGAGCAGAGGGUGAGCUUGGAGUUGAAGAAGUCCUUUACUGGACACUAGUGAAGAUUUACAGGUCUCCACACAUGCUGCUUGAGUAUACUAAACCUGACUAGGAAGUCAAAAGUCACCACUUUAGGUUGCAAGAAUUCCACAGGGUUUUUUUAUACUGACAAUUAACAGCCAACCAUAGCAGAGACGAUAAAAGCUAACAGAAAGAUGUUGCGAUGUAAUUGACAUUUGUUGAUUGUGAUUUUUUGUCUGCCGCCCUGGGGUUCUCGUGGUUUUGUUGCUGGUGCAUGGAUGAUGUGAAGGACUUGAAAUGAUGAAUUCUAUAAUAAUGGAGAUAUGAAGAUCAAUGUUGUAGAGAACUAUCAACAGGGGCAUCUGGGCAUCAUUUGAAGAGCAGGACGAAUGGUUUGAUCUUAGAAUUCCUUCAGUGACCCAUGUACAUAAUUUGUAACCCUAACCAUGCAUCUGUACAGAAUCUCUCAUUUUUAAUAGAACACAGUGUUUCUGGAGACUGGCAAAAUCUGUCAACAGAUCUCCCUCGGCUAACCCUCUGAAAAAUAUGGAACAAGUUUCAACAGAAAUUCUUCCUUCUGCCUCUAAUAAAUUUAAGUGGGUAAA